AUGGCCAUCUGCUCCGCCUGCCGUCGGGCGGCUCUCUCGUCGCUACGGCUAUCAUCCUCACGCUUCAUAGCAUAUCGCACAGUAGCGACCGUGCCGCACACACAAAAUGCCGCUCCAGCCAACCCACCUCCCUCGACAGCCCAGCAGUCUACACCAGCCACAUCUUCGUCAAAUCCCACAGACACACAACCAUUCUCCUCUCCAGAGAUUUCGCCUCAAAGUACCAUGCAAGCUGCCAAAGCCGAUCUUAAAAAAAUCCCCGGAACCACAAAGCUCCGAGGCUCGAUAGAAGGAGGCGCAGAACUCAGGAACAUCAAUUACAUCAAAGGCAGCCCGCCAGUUCUCGCGAUGGAGGACGACGAAUACCCUGAGUGGCUGUGGACGCUCCUGACUCCCAAGGCUUCAGCGAUAGAAGGCCAGCUCGCAAAGGGCGAUCUCGCUGAAAUGACGAAAAAACAACGCCAACGCUACGAAAAGAAGCAAGAGAAGCUGCGCAAGUCCAUGCCAGUACAGAUCCCGCUGCACGAGCAGUCCAUCGAUCUGACGCCCGCGGACGCAUCGGCGACGGAGAGCCUGUCGAAGCGCAUGGAGCUGACCAAGAGCCAGCGCGACGCCAGGAGGAAGAGCAUUCGGGAGUCGAAUUUCUUGAAGACGAUGUAA